CAAAACUCAUAUUUUCUUCUCCCACACAUAUCUCACAUUUCAUAAACAUUUCACCUCCUCAAAAUCACAAAUGUGAUUCCCAUUUUUCAUUCCCAAAUACCAAAAUGAACAACAUUUAAAUAAUAACAAAUAAUCAUAAAACAAUGGCAACCUACAUAAGAAAAAUCCAUUCUGGCCUAUUCUCAAAUGUCAUAAAAUCAAGAAAUCUUGUAACCCCAUUUGAAAAUCCGGGUCCGGGUCAUAAAUACGGAUAUGGGUAUUCUUCAUCAGCAGUAGCAGUAGCAAAAGAAGAAGAUUAUUAUGAAAAUUAUAGGAAAUCAAUAUAUGGCGGAAUUACACAUAAAGCACUUUUGGUUGAUGCUGUUGGUACUCUUGUUAUUCCUUCUCAACCCAUGGCUCAGAUAUAUAGAGAGAUAGGGAAGAAAUAUGGAGUGGAAUACAGUGAAGAAGAGAUAUUGAAAAGAUAUAGAAGAGCUUAUGAGCAACCUUGGGGUAGAUCUAGACUCAGAUAUGUAGAUGAUGGAAGACCUUUUUGGCAACAUAUAGUUAGUUCAUCAACAGGCUGUUCUGACUCUCAAUACUUUGAGGAGCUUUAUAAUUAUUAUACCACUGAAAAGGCAUGGCAUCUCUGUGAUCCAAAUGCUGAGAAGGUGUUCAAGGCUCUGAAAAAAGCAGGUGUAAAAUUGGCAAUCGUCUCAAAUUUUGAUACACGACUAAGACCUCUGCUGCGUGCUCUAAACUGUGAUCACUGGUUUGAUGCAUUAGCUGUUUCAGCUGAAGUUGCAGCAGAGAAACCGAAUCCAAUGAUAUUUCUAAAAGCAUGUGAGCUAUUAGGAGUAGAGGCUGAGGAUGCCGUCCAUGUAGGUGAUGAUCGUAGGAAUGAUAUAUGGGGUGCCCGAGAUGCUGGCUGUGAUGCUUGGCUAUGGGGAAGUGAUGUUCAUUCCUUCAAAGAGAUUGCUGAAAGAAUAGGAGUUGAGGUCUGAAUGAAACCAAACCCUUUCAGUUGUGAAACGUUUUAUAGGUUUUUUGUUAUCGAAAUACAAUGGUGUAUCAUGCUGUUCUAUGGUUAUGGUACAAUAUUCCAAUGAUAGUUGAUGAAAUAUGAAGGGUGUUGUAUACCAUAAUCGUAAAAUAAUCUGGUAUCACUAUUGUAUUCGAUAUUUAUGUUUGGUCGUCACAUGUAUAUAUUUGUACUUUUUGUUAUAUGCAUGAUGGAGGCUACCUGGCCUUGUGCAUGCAACUAGUUUUAUGAGAGAAUUCUAAUAAGAGCCGUCUCAAAGCUCUCAAAGUAGAUUUGUCUUGAAUAAUAUUAUGUUCAUAUUUAUGGUUAUGAUCAAGUAUAUUUUGUUUA